AUGACUAUGCUACAGAAAAUCGAUAUUAUGAGUGAACAAGUUCUCGAUUUAAGAAUCAAUAAACGUAAACGAUUGGACGACGAGUCGAAUGUCAAUGAUAACAACAAAAAGAAACAAAUUAUCACGACUUCUCAACCGUAUGAUACACCGUUAGAUUUAUCAAAAAAAACUAGAAUAGAUCUAGGAAAAAAUGAUGAUUUUCAUUCAUUAAUCUAUCCAUUAACUGUACCGUAUCCGUUACGUUCUUAUGAUCCAUCUUUAGUAUUUAAUCCCAUGUUGUACGAUUUAUUUAUUUCAAAUAUGAACAAUUACCGCAAUACAGUUCCAUCCGUUGCAACUUACAUCGACAUUCCGACUACGUCUCGUCAAGCAACACCGAUCGUAAAACAACAACAACGAUCAUCUUCUAUCGUCAAAGAUACGUCGUCUUCUUCAACAAAAGACGUUUUCAUUUCAAAUGUAAAAGAACGUGAAAUAUUUGCUUGUUCAUGUGGUGACAAGUAUACAACAUUAGCAAAUUUAGUUAGUCAUUUAAAAAUAACAAAUCAUAGUGCUCAAUUGUCAUCAACACAUGAUGAAGUAGCAAAACUGGUACGUGGUCAAGAUAUAUGGUUAUCAAGAGAUACGAAUCCUGCAAAUCAAAUAUUAAAAUGUUUACGGUGUUCUCUUUCAUUUGAAACAUUACCAGAUUUAACUGCUCAUAUGAUGAAAACAAAUCAUUUCACACAAUUAAUACCACAUCGUUCUGAUCAAACAAAAACCUCAAGACAAUGUCGAUCAACAUGUCUCAUUUGUUCACAACAAUUUCUACGAGAAGUAGAUCUAGUCGAUCAUAUUCAACGUUCUCAUCGUAUCCGUCAUACUUGUACAACUUGUGGAAUGUAUUUCGAGACCGAACAAACAUAUAAAAAUCACAUAGCAAAAGAAAUGCAUCAUCGAAAUGGAAAAGCCAAUCGAAAUCGUGAUUAUUUUUUAAAUCAAUUUAAAUUUCUAGAAACGACAUUAAAUCAUCCAACGAUAUUUUGUAAUCGACGAUCUCCAUCUCCUGCCGAACACAAUGAUAAUAACAUCGAUAGUGAAUCAUCAUCUCCAUCAAUAAAAACCGAAUCAUUGCCUGUUGAAGAAGAAAAACAGGUAUCUAUUGAUAAAGACAUUGAAAAAGUUGCUUAUGAACUAGUUGAAAAUGUUAUUUUACCAAAAGUCGAACAACAAGAAAAUAAAAAAUUAACAGGAAAUGCAUUAACAUUAUUACAAAAUUUUGUAACGAAACAAACCGUUGACGAUAAAACACAGAACAAUAAUGAUAGUAGCUCUUCAAAACGUUUUAAAGCAAAACGAGUGCAACAAUCGAAUCUUAAAGUAAGUGCUCUAUUGGCACUCGAACAAUUGACACAUAAUUCAAUAGAAAAUUUUCAACAGCAACUUCCAAUAAAACAAAUACUUGAUAAUAAAACAACAUUAGCAUUUAAAGAAUAUGACGAUAGUUUAGAUGAAAGAACGCUGACUAUUUCACUUUUAUCACCUUCUCUGUCUUCCAGUUCGUCUUCCAAUUCAUCAAAUUCAUCUAUUGUAUCAAAAAAUGAGAAUGAAAGUCCAUUAGCAAGUUUAGAAAAAAUGGUGUCAUGUCCUGAAACUACUUCUUUUCGCACUGGCACCAUCACUACGACAAACACGACAGCAAUUGUACAUAAUCAAUUAGAAACAACAGAAAUCGUUUCGUCAUCACAAAUACCAAUUAAAUUAAAAACUAUACCGAAAAAAUUUGAAAAAUAUAGGAUGUUUGCGCAAAAAAUGCUUCGAUCAUCCACUUAA